AUAUUUUAGACACACUUCCUGUUCAGCUAUUUCUCGCACAGAUAGAAGGGGAAGUGGGUGUAGCAUCACUUUAUGGGUAAGACACAGAUGAAGACACAACACAUUCACAGAGCAGGACAGAGACAGUAACAGUGUGUAACAGAACAGGAGCUUUAAUAUCUUUCUGAAGGAGAGUUGGUGUAGAGUUCUGUGAGAGUGAACUCAGGAUGAAGAUCCUCCUCAUCUUCACCCUCUGUCUGAUCUCAGAUGGAGGAGCCUCAAAGGUAGUAACAAGAUAUUCAGGAGGAGGAAUCCUUAUCAAGUGCAAGUAUGAUACAGCAUACAGAUAUAACCAAAAAUAUUUCUGUAAGGAUUCAAAGUCAGGCUGUUCUGAACAAAUAAAGACAGGAGAUAAAAACCAGUGGGUAAAUUCAGGAAGAUUCUCACUGUUUGAUGACACCAAAUCAUCAGAGUUCUGGGUGAUGAUCAGAGAGCUCACUGUACAGGACACUGGGACGUACCACUGUGGAGUUAAUAGAACUUUAGAUACAGACAUUUACACACCGGUGGAACUGAAGGUAAAGCAAGGGUCCUUGGUCUCUAGAGAAGUGACUGCAUAUGCAGGGGGAAGAAUUAACAUCAAAUGCAGACAUGAGGAUGAAUAUAAAGACAAAUCAAAAACAUUCUGUAAGAUCGGAACACAUCAGUGGUGUUUUAAUCAAAACCAAACAAAACCAAACAGUGAAUGGUCACAUGAUGGCAGAUUCUCAAUUCAUGACAACAGAAGUGCAGGAUUCUUCAGUGUGUUUAUCAGAGAGCUGAUUAUAGAGGACACUGGAACAUACACAUGUGGUGGUGUUGUGUUUGGUAAACUGGAGAUCUACACUGUAGUGACACUGAAUGUAACAGAAGAUCUGUCCUAUGAGAAGUCCAUCAGUAAGACUGUCCAUGUAGGAGGAGAUUUAACUGUCAGAUGUAAAUACCCACAAUCCCUCAGGGGUGACCCCAAGUUUCUCUGCAGGGGGAGGACGCAACAUUUUGCUUGUUCUUAUAAGGACUCUGUUAAAGAGAGUAGAAAAAAUUUAACUAUUGGGGGGACAUUCUCCCUGUAUGAUGACAGAGCAAAACAAAUCUUCACUGUGAGUAUUAGAGCUGUAACUAAGCAGGACUCUGAAUACUGGUGUGGAGCUGAAAAAGCCUGGACAUCUGAUCAUGGAUACAAGGUUUAUUUCACACGGAUCAACCUGAAAGUCACUGAUCCAUAUGUCCCGGUUUCAACCUCACAACCUCAAAACCACCCUUUAUCAUCAUCAUCAUCAUCAUCAUCAUCAUCAUCAACAUCAUCAACAUCAACAUCAUCAUCAUCCCCACUUCUUCGUCUCACAUAUAUAAACAAAUCCUGGACUACUCCAGCUUCUCCUCCAGCAGGAUUUCCAGCUUCCACUGUUAUCACCGUGUCUGUAAUUGUGCUGCUGCUUCUGAUUGGAACCAUAACCGUCUUCGUGGCUCUACAAAAGAGGCAAAAGUUGCAAGCAGAUUCAGCCUCUACUACUUCUGGCCAAGACCCAGGAAACCAAGUGGUUCCUCUUGAUAUCUGUGAAUAUGAAGAGAUUAAAGACACCAGACGACUUUCUGCCUCAGAUGCUGGAAAUUCCACAAUUUACUCUACAGCUGAACUACCCACAAUCCCCUCUGAUCAUCACACGGUUUAUGCAAAUUCAAAGUUACCCACAAGCCCCUACGAUUCUCCUGUUUACCCUGCUGCUCAACUGCUCACAAUCUGCUCUGAUCAGGACAUCUACUCUACAGCUCAGUUACCUACACAUCUCUCGGCUGCAGAACCUGAUGAAGGUCUGAAUUACACAUCAGUGAGUUUUCAUGUCGAAUCCACCAGCUCUAAUGAUGCAGCUGCAAAGAUUAUCUUUAAGAAGACAGAGGUCUUGAGUGACUACGAUUCAAUUAGUCAUGUUACUUCAUCUGGCUACUGCCCUGAAUGUUGCCAGACCUUCAAACCUUGUCCUACGCUCUGCCGUAACACUAUGCUUGCAGAGGCCGUGGAGCAGCUCCGCCUGGGCAACCUCAGCUUGACAGCACACAAGUCCAUCUGCAACAUGUGCCGUGCAGCCGACUCUGCAACCAGCCACCAGACGCAGGCCAAGCUAAAGAGCCACAAGCUUAUCAUUCCCACCGGAGACCUGAUGCAGAAGAUCUGCCCGGAGCACAAGUACCUGCAAGAGUUCUACUGUCGCUCAUGCCAGGUCUAUAUCUGCUGCCUGUGCGUGAGCAACCAGCACAAAGACCACGAGAGUUUGUCUACUCAGGCGGAGCGUACAGAAAAACGGCUAAACGUCAACGUCAGCCUCACAGCGGGCUGUGGUUAUCAACCUACCUUGUUCCCGUGGUCCGGCAAUCCAUCCAACCUACCGGCCAUGGACGAGUGGUUUCACUGGAGCAAAGAGACAUGGAGCACGACGCAUCGCCAGCUGCAGAGGGCCAUCCGGAGGCAAAAGGUUCAUGCCGACAGACGCCGCAGAGCGCAUCCCGACUACCAACCCGGUCAGUGGGUCUGGCUCUCCACCCGCGACAUCCGUCUCCACCUGCCCAGCAGAAAGCUCAGCCGCAGGUAUGUGGGGCCUUUUAAAAUCAUCAAGCAAGUUAACCUGGUGUCUUACCGCCUGGCACUACCUCAAACUUACCGCAUCUCGCCCACCUUUCACGUCUCGCUGCUGAAACCCACUGAUGGACCUAAAGGGGGCCCAGAGGGGGCCACUGAUCCGUCGGGUCCGCCGCCCCUACUGAUCGGCAACGAGGAGGCAUCCCAGGUUCGUGACCUAUUGGGCUCCAGACACCGGGGAGGCAACCUCGAAUACCUGGUCGACUGGGAGGGGUACGGCCCUGAAGAACGCUCUUGGGUAAAGGCGGGGGACAUCCUGGACCCCUCGCUCACCGCCGACUUCCACCAACGGCACACCGACAGACCGGCCCCCCGGGCUCGUGGAAGACCCCGGCGUUGCACGCACCCUCGCGUCGGGAGCCCCUCGCGGGUGGGGGGGCUCUGUGACAAUUGGAGCACCUGCCUCACCUCCCGAGCACCAACACAGAGAAGCAUCUACGGAAUAGAAGAGGAAGUGGGUGUAGCAUCACUUUAUGGGAGAGUUGGUGUAGAGAUCUGUGAGAGUGAACUCAGGAUGAAGAUCCUCCUCAUCUUCACCCUCUGUCUGAUCUCAGAUGGAGGAGAAUCAAAGGAAGUAACAGGAUAUUCAGGAGGAGGAAUCCUUAUCAAGUGUGAAUAUGAUCCAGAAUACACUGAAAACCAAAAAUAUUUCUGUAAGGGUUCAGUGAUAGUCUGUUCUGACCAAAUAAAGACAGGAGAUAAAAACCAGUGGGUAAAUUCAAGAAGAUUCUCACUGUUUGAUGACACCAAAUCAGCAGAGUUCUGGGUGAUGAUCAGAGAGCUCACUGUACAGGACACUGGGACGUACCAUUGUGGAGUUGAUAAAACUUUCAGGAAAGACACUUACACACCGGUGGAACUGAAGGUAAAGGAAGGGUCCUUGGUCUCUAGAGAAGUGACUGCAUAUGCAGGGGGAAGAAUCAACAUCAAAUGCAGACAUGAGGAUGAAUAUAAAGACAAAUCAAAAUCAUUCUGUAAGAUCGGAACACAUCAGUGGUGUUUUAAUCAAAAACAAACAAAACCAAACAGUGAAUGGUCACAUGAUGGCAGAUUCUCAAUUCAUGACAAGAGAAGUGCAGGAUUCUUCAGUGUGUUUAUCAGAGAGCUGAUUAUAGAGGACACUGGAACAUACACAUGUGGUGGUGUUGUGUUUGGUAAACUGGAGAUCUACACUGUAAUGACACUGAAUGUAACAGAAGAUCUGUCCUAUGAGAAGUCCAUCAGUAAGACUGUCCAUGUAGGAGGAGAUUUAACUGUCAGAUGUAAAUACCCACAAUCCCUCAGGGGUGACCCCAAGUUUCUCUGCAGGGGGAGGACGCAAGAUUUUGCUUGUUCUUAUAAGGACUCUGUUAAAGAGAGUAGAAAACAUUUAAUUAUUGAGAAUAUGGCCCUGUAUGAUGACAGAGAAAAACAAAUCUUCAAUGUGAGUAUUAGAGCUGUAACUAAGCAGGACUCUGAAUACUGGUGUGGAGCUGAAAAAGCCUGGACAUCUGAUCAUGGAUACAAGGUUUAUUUCACACGGAUCAACCUGACAGUCACUGAUCCAUAUGUCCCCGUUUCAACCUCAAAACCAACAUCCCCUUCAUCUUCAUCAUCAUCAUCAUUAUUAUUAUCAUCAUCAACAUCAACAUCAUCCCCACUUCUUCGUCUCACAGAUAUAAACAAAUCCUGGACUACUCCAGCUUCUACUCCAGCAGUAUUUCCAGCUUCCACUGUGAUCACUGUGUCUAUAAUUCUGCUGCUGCUUCUGAUUGGAACCAUAACCAUCUUUGUGGCUCUACAAAAGAGACAAAAGUUGCAAGCAGAUUCAGCCUCUACUACUUCUGGCCAAGACCCAGGAAACCAAGUGGUUCCUCUUGAUAUCUGUGAAUAUGAAGAAAUUAAAGACACCAGACGACUUUCUGCCUCAGAUGCUGGAAAUUCCACAAUUUACUCUACAGCUGAACUACCCACAAUCCAUUCUGAUCAUCACACAGUUUAUGCAAAUUCAAAGUUACCCACAAGCCCCUACGAUUCUCCUGUUUACCCUGCUGCUCAACUGCCCACAAUCCGCUCUGAUCAGGACAUCUACUCUACAGCUCAGUUACCUACACGUCUCUCGGCUGCAGAAUCUGAUGAAGGUCUGAAUUACACAUCAGUGAGUUUUCAUGCCAAAUCCACCAGCUCUAAUGAUGCAUCGGCAAAAAUUAUCUUUAAGAAGACAGAGGUCUUGUGUGACUACGAUUCACUUUGUUAUGUUACUUCAUCUGAGGCCGUGGAGCAGCUCCGCCUGGGCAACCUCAGCUUGACAGCACACGAGUCCAUCUGCAGCGCCGUGUAUGGCAUCCUUCUGAGAGUUGGUGUAGAGAUCUGUGACAGUGAACUCAGGAUGAAGAUCCUCCUCAUCUUCACCCUCUGUCUGAUGUCAGAUGGAGGAGCCUCAAAGGAAGUAACAGGAUAUUCAGGAGGAGGAAUCCUUAUCAAGUGCAAGUAUGAUACAGCAUACAGAUAUAACCAAAAAUAUUUCUGUAAGGGUUCAAUGCCAGGCUGUUCUGAACAAAUAAAGACAGGAGAUAAAAACCAGUGGGUAAAUUCAGGAAGAUUCUCACUGUUUGAUGACAACAAAUCAUCAGAGUUCUGGGUGAUGAUCACAGAGCUCACUGUACAGGACACUGGGACGUACCACUGUGGAGUUGAUAGAACUUUCGGAACAAACAUUUACACACCGGUGGAACUGAAGGUAAAGGAAGGGUCCUUGGUCUCUAGAGAAGUGACUGCAUAUGCAGGGGGAAGAAUCAACAUCAAAUGCAGAUAUGAGGAUGAAUAUAAAGACAAAUCAAAAUCAUUCUGUAAGAUCGGAACACAUCAGUGGUGUUUUAAUCAAAAACAAACAAAACCAAACAGUGAAUGGUCACAUGAUGGCAGAUUCUCAAUUCAUGACAACAGAAGUGCAGGAUUCUUCAGUGUGUUUAUCAGAGAGCUGAAUAUAGAGGACACUGGAACAUACACAUGUGGUGGUGUUGUGUUUGGUAAACUGGAGAUCUACACUGUAGUGACACUGAAUGUAACAGAAGAUCUGUCCUAUGAGAAGUCCAUCAGUAAGACUGUCCAUGUAGGAGGAGAUUUAACUGUCAGAUGUAAAUACCCACAAUCCCUCAGGAGUGACCCAAGAUCACUCAAGAUUUUGCUUGUUCUUAUAAGGACUCUGUUAAAGAGAGUAGAAAACAUUUAA